UUCACUUCAAAGAGUAAACAUAUAACUCAUCUAUACUGGGAACGCAGACGCGUGUAGCUAAAAGUAACGUCGGUGUUGGAUAAAUAAAAAAUGAAGGUGGUAACGUGUGAGAUUGCAUGGCACAACAAGGAGCCAGUCUACAGUCUGGACUUCCAGCACAGCUCAGAUGGACGCAUUCAUCGGCUGGCCACAGCUGGAGUGGACACCACAGUCAGGCUGUGGCGGGUAGACACAGACUCAGACGGGAAGGCGGUGGUGGAGUUUCUGUCUAAUCUGGCGAGACAUACUAAAGCUGUAAACGUAGUGCGCUUUAGCCCCAGUGGAGAACUGCUUGCCUCAGGAGGAGAUGAUGCAGCGAUUCUGCUUUGGAAGCUCAAUGACUCUAAGGAGCCGGAGCAGGCGCCCGUUUUCCAGGAGGACGAAGACGCUCAGCUCAAUAAGGAGAGCUGGUCUGUGGUCAAGACUUUAAGGGGACACAUAGAGGACGUUUAUGACAUCUGCUGGACACGAGAUGGAAACUUUAUGGUGUCUGGGUCUGUGGACAACACCGCCAUUAUGUGGGACGUCAACAAAGGGCAGAAGCUGUGUAUCUUGAACGACCAUAAGAGCUACGUGCAGGGGGUGACCUGGGACCCUCUGGGGCAGUAUGUGGCCACUCUGAGCUGUGACAGAGUGAUGCGUGUGUACAGCACUCACACCAAGAAGAAAGCUUUCUGUAUCAGUAAAAUGAGCUCUGGGCCGCUUGCAGAGGGAGAGGUCAAGCAGUACAGGAUGUUCCACGAUGACAGCAUGAGGUCGUUUUUCCGCCGUCUGUCAUUCACACCGGAUGGGUCUUUCUUGCUCGCUCCAGCCGGAUGUGUGGAGAUUGAUGAAAAUAUCAUAAAUACCACCUAUAUCUUCUCAAGGAAGGGCCUCAAGAGGCCUAUCGCCCACCUGCCGUGUCCAACUAAAGCUACACUGGCUGUGCGCUGCUGCCCCGUCUACUUUGAACUGAGAACCAAGAAAGCAGAAGAUGGUUCUGUUCAGGCUCUUCCCAACAUAUUCCAGCUGCCGUACCGCAUGGUGUUUGCUGUGGCAUCUGAGGACUCCAUCUUCCUGUAUGACACGCAGCAGACGCUUCCUUUCGGCCUGGUGUCCAACAUCCACUACCACACACUCAGCGAUCUCACAUGGUCCCGUGACGGUUCCUUCCUGGCUGUGUCCUCCACAGACGGCUACUGCUCCUUCCUCUCCUUCUCCCCUGGGGAGCUGGGCACUCCGCUGAAGGAGCCCCCCGCCCUUGAAAUCUUUGCCCCAAGCAGUGGUGCUGAGAAAAAAGGCAAGAAGUCAACAGCGGCCAAAACCUCAUCUCCUGUCACGCAGCCGCAGAGCUCAGCCCCGACUCCCACAUCACAAACUAGCCAGGGCAAAGACGCCCCCUCAGUCACGCCUCCAGAGGAGAAGAAGAGCACCCCGAACGCCAAGUCGAAACCUCAGCCCCGUAGGAUCACCCUCAACACCCUGGAGGGCUGGGGGAAACCCUCUACCCCUAAAACCACAGCUCCUUCUGCACCUCAGACCCCAACACCUGCAAGCACAAGCACACCCUCUACUCCCCAACCUCGCAUCACCCCCCUCACCCCAACGAGCCCCUCCACCGCCCAGCCACGCAUCACCCCCCUCACUCCCUCCACCCCCAAAACACUCAGCAGUGCUAAUAAUGCUGGUUCCACCACUCCUAAAGGUACAGCCACCCCAAAGGGACCCACACCAAGGAGAGUGUCUCUGACUCCUGUUGCAUCCCGAUCUCCGGCUGUCAGUUCACUUUUCCGCACUCCCUCCUCCACUGAGAAGGCCAAACAUGAACGUCCGUCUCCUCCCACUGAUCCAGUGUGCCAGCCUCCAGAGUCCAAACGGCCCAAGACCAGUGAGCCCCAGUCAAAGACCAGCGCUCAGAGUUAGUGUCCACUGGGAACAGUGUGGUGGUAUAAAAUCAGAAAAAAUACAAACU